AGUAAAUACAGUAAAUAGAGAAGUAGCAGUGACAAAUUUUCAUAGAUGAUAAUUUUUGGGCAAACAAAUAUAGCAUAAGCGGAAGAUAUGUUUGUCAUUUUACUGGCGACCGUAAACCGACGGCCAGUUGACUCGGCACGUAUAUUCAAAAACGAGCAUUCUCACCAAAGCGACGGCAAUGCGACGUGUUGCUCAAUGCUUACUGGCACUGCCAUCGCUAGGAGGUUUGAGGCUGCCCCUGCCCACCAAAAUUGCCUAAAGAUAUUGUGAUACUUCAAGUAACGUUCCGAUCGUAUCUUCGAAAAAUGAUUGAUUGUCCGAUAAGAAUAUACUUCCAUCACGUUUUUGUGUCCUUUAAAGUGUAUCAGUCGAAGCAACAGAGUUGGAAAUGUUCCAGUGAUAAUCAGCUUAUGUUGGCUCGCUGGUGGCCUGGUAGGAUUCUUGCCUCUGCUGGGCUGGCAUCGGAAACCUCCUGCUCGAGAUGGAUGUCUCUUCCUCAGCGUCAUGGACCUCAAUUACCUGGUCUUCCUCUACUUCGGUACCAUCAUUACACCUGCACUGCUCCUAGCUGCCUUCUAUGCGCACAUAUACCAAGUGGUGCUCAAGCAGCUCCGGCAAAUAGUCACGAUGCACCCAGAAAAGGGCUCAUCUACAAAAGGUGUUCCGCAAGGAGGGACCAUGAUACGUAUGCUUGGAGUUCAACAAACGAACGAAGUAAAAGCCACCCAGAAUCUAGCAAUCAUUGUCCUCUUCUUCAUGAUCUGCUGGAUACCACUGUACACCAUCAACUGUAUUUUAGCUUUUAGACAAGAAUUUCAUGUUAACGAAACUUUCAUGCAAUGCUGUAUCAUUUUGUCCCACAUGAACUCUGCAGGUAACCCGUUAUUAUACGCUUAUCACCUUAGAGACUUUAGAGCCGCCAUGAAGAACUUUUUUUGUAGUUUAUUUGAUACUAAGCAAAAAUACUGCGAUACCUUUAAGGGCCAGUGUUACCACGAUAAGUACAAAAGAGCUAGUUGUACCUCAACAUGUCAUCUCACAAGUACAAGAAGGUGUACCAGAGUUAAACUGUUGGAACCUAACAAGGUUACAUCCACUAUAGUGAAAGCCUCAACUACUGUAGCUGCGGCAACUGCUGGCAAAGCGAAUAACAGGGCUAUAUGGAACAUAUCAGAGCAUUCUGCGAGUUCGAGUAGCGAAUCCGUAAAAUCAAACGGAACUACUAACCAUGAAAGGUUGUUAAUGAUUAGACCUGCAACACCGUUUAGACCAAGGAAACUUAGUGAAAUUAACUCUGCUUAUGUAUCCACGAUGUUUGGUGAGGAUUCUGAUGAUGGAUUCAACGAAGAAGAAACGUUGCCAUAUCACGAUUACUCGCUGGAUGAUUAUCAUUUCAACGUGUUUGUAAGCAAAUCUAGAACACCAAAGAUUAUAUCACACAGCGAUCGGACAUAUUCAAAUUCAUCGCCACAACUAUCUAAGAGUUUGUUUUUUGUAGAAGCUAGUAGUUGUAGGAACACAAUGACAGAACUAGUAGAUAAAGAUGACGAAACGACGAAAAGUGGCAGCUUUAACUUGAGCCCAUUCAAAAUCGUGAACGUAUUUCAUAAGAGAAGACUGAAUAGGAGUCUCAGUGAUAGUGGAAGUUUUUGUACCAAAAGUAUUAGAAAUAAUGAAAAUAUAUGUUCCACAUAAAAAUGAACUUGAGAAACAUAUUAAACUGUUGAUAAAAAAGGCACUUAACAGUACUGUUCUUUAUAGCGCCAAAAUAAAAUUUGAGGCAAGGUUGAAUGCAGGGCGUCAUGGGGCUCACGUAUGAUUGUUCGCAUAUAGAACAGACAAGAAAUUUCAGUUGUCGAGGAAACAAUGCUGAUGAAACUCUUUAUUUCAUCUCAUCUCGUAACUUUAUUGAGUUGGUUAAUAACUAAUUGCUUGAUUAAUGCUCAAAUCUUGUACCUCCUCAACAGAAAUUCCUUGUUAGUUCAACUUGUUGGAGACCCCGUCAUCCUUGGCAAUACCAUUAAGCAGAAUGAAAAUUGAAUAACAAAUUCAUUCAUGAAGCGUCGCAUCAGUUACGAAUUUGGAGGACUAAAACGUGUAUAAAAUGAAAUUGGAAUAAAUAUAUUCACCUUAUACCAAUGUUGCCCAGCAACAAUAGAAAUAAAUUUUCGAAUUAUUUCUGCUAAUUUUACUCAGCUCUCUUAAAACAGUAAAUGAAUUUUUCGUACAUUCCAAAGCUAAAACAAGGCUAAACUAUUUGAUGUUGCAUUGUUGUUGUUAUCAAAAAUACAUGUUCAACUUUUAUAUCUAUUCUUUGUGUAACAUGUUUUCAUGUAUUUUUAUAUUAUACCUACUCAAAAGUUUACCUCAAAAC